AAAUUUUCAAUGUUUCCAAGGGAACAUCUUUGGUAUGGAGUAGGAUACGCAAUGGUAGGGCUCUUAGUGUUCUGGAUAACGUUGAUCAUGUUGGACAACUAAAGAUGUUUACAGGGAAUAAAGAGAAUUUGUUACGUGAAAAGCUUGGGUGGAGGAAGCAUAAUCAUCAUACUUUCCAAGGAUGA